AUGAAGAUCGUCAGCAAGGAACAACAGGAUGCUCAGCAGCGCGCCACCGUCAUCGGAGGGUUGAAGGGCAUGGCAGGCGGCUUUGCCGUCUCGAUCCCAGCGUCCCUCUACCUCCAGCGCACGAACGCGUACUAUCGUCGCCUCCAGCCUUCUCUCAAGGCCUUCGGUGUUAUCAUGGUCGUCGUACCCGCAUUUGUCAUUUCGGCGGAGCAUGCUGGGCAGAAGUACGAGCAGGAACAAUGGCAUGAUGCCGGAAAGGCGGAACUGGAUGCUCAACAGCGCCGUCAAGAAGCCCGAUGGGAGUCUCUCACUCCAGGUCAGAAGAUCAGCGACUUCGUUAGGCGGCACGAGUACGGGGUGAUCGUCGGGAGCUGGGCUGUGGCCAUGGCUGGCGCUCUUCGUUACGUCAUGAAAGACCCCUUGCAAAGCACAACACAAAAGGUCGUUCAAGCCCGUGUGUGGGCGCAGGGCCUCACGAUUGGCAUCAUCAUCGCCGCGGGAAUCUUGACCCAUUCACAGCGGUCGAAGGAGCUUGAGUCGAUGGAUGAACACAAUGUCCGGCACUUGCCUCCCGACCAUUCUUGGUUGGACGUUCUGCAAGAGCAAGAAAAGGAAAAGGAGCGCGAAGACGCGGGCUCGACCAACACCCGUGGCGCAUUAUAGCAGGGCUUGUGGUCAACCCAAGUAUACAGCGACGAGUCGGCAGGCACCGGACGCGUAUCGGGGACGUUUUGAACUGGACAGUUGUACCAGCGCGUUGCAUAUCGAGAG